AUAAACUAAUAAUUUUUUUUAUGGGGCCUAUAGUAUGAAUAUUGUAGCCAAUGAGGUAAUAGGAAUAGCUAACAGGAAGUACUUAGCUUUAUAAUAACAUGAAGCACUGUUUUGCACCACAACUUGACAUAGAAUUCUACAAUAAAAUAUAAGAUUCUUACUAUAUUUUAUUGCUUCUACAAUAAAAAAAACCCCCAAAAACAUUUAGUUUGGAUUCCAGAUGUUGCAGAGUAUUGGAAUCAUAUGCUUAGCUCUGGUUCUUCCUGGCCAGGGCACUCCAUUAUUUGAUAGUGUCUCACAUGGAUCUUUUGUUAUACAAGAAGGACACCACAUUUUUCUUCUUUGUCAACUACAUGGCCUGACUGAUGCCUACUCAAUCUCCUGGUACAGAGAAACAAUUUCAGGUGAGAGAACAGUUAUUUACGAGAAUGGAAGGCUGAUAAAUAAUGACUUAGGAAAAGAGGCAGAAGCUUACUCAACCAGCAAAACAUAUGAUGUAAAUAUAACACAGGUGAGAGGUCGUGAUCUUGGUCAUCUGCUUAAUGGUAACAAUUACACCUGUGAAGUGAGUCUUAAGAGUACAGGUAAGACAGUGUUGGUAUCAAGUGGUCUCAUCCUGACAGCAAACUAUCUUCCCGCAUCUGUGUAUCCAAUCUGUGAGGCUUGUGACUUUUCAUCUGAUUCGAUUGGCUCAAAUGUAACUAUUACUUGUUUCUCUCAACCUGGUCAACCAAAUAUUGAUUUACAAUGGUCAAGAAAUGGAGGAAGAAUUGGAAACUUACAUACAAUUACAAAACACUCUCUUAUAUACUUAAAGUAUACAUUCAUACUUGAAGCACAAGAUUUAGAAAGUAUUUAUUCUUGUACAAAUAUUCUACAAAGGUGUAACUUAACACCUGAUUCUGACAAAGCAUGUGUGGACGAAAGUUCCCCAAAGAUAUUUUUUGACACUGUUACAUCAUCUCCUGGCACUGUUAUCAUCCCAACAAAUGGAACAUCUUCAGAUUCAAGGACGCAGACUUCAAAUAUACCAACUGUGAUUGGUGCUAGCAUUGGUGCUGUUCUAUUCUUCUGCUUUCUAACUGGCGUCUGUUUAUACAGAAGACAUGAAAAACAAAGACCAACUAUGACAUUUCACAAAAAAUCUACUACAGAAUUUACAACUGAAGAUAAUCAAAUCGUGUAUCUUUAUAUGCACGAUGUGACUCAUUCUAAUACUAAAUGUUUGGAUGACGAUAUCACAAUAAAUCCUGUUGAAUCUUGAAUUAUUGAAAAUUCAAUUUAUGUUGGAUUAUGAUAGUUUUAUUAGAAAUGUCAAACCACAGUACAGUAAUGUAAUAAGGAGACUUUAAUACAGCCGUUCCUGAAUGAACAAGGUGGUUUGAUCCUGCUAAAAAAUUCAAUAUAAUUAAUUGUAGCUACUAAUUCUAUCAAAUAAUUGCUAAAACAAGAUACUAUUUGUCCAGGGGCUAUAGAGAACAUCAACCAUCACUUUGUGGGGGUGCUGCCGUCAGUGUAGCUGCUGUUGAAUGUUUGUUUGUUCAAUACUUACUUUGGUACUUGACAUGAAUCCCAAAAAGAAACGUAGAAACAUAGGUUCACUGGUAUAUGAUACAAUACUAAUUUUGAAACAAAAUUCAGUGCCUCAAAAUAAAAGCAAGAAUCAAGAGACAUAUCCUAUAGAUUAACGAUUUAUAAUUAUAUUUCAAACUACCAACCUAGCAACUGCCCCCCCGCGCUCCCAGCCAUCACAUAAAUUACAUUACAUUUAAGAAUUUCUAGAUAAUGUCUCAUUACAUAUAUGUCAGGCAGCAGUGGCGUAUUCGGCGGGGUGUGCAGGGGGUGUGAUUGCCCCUCCAAAAAUACUUGCCCCCCCGCCCCAGUCGACCUUCCAAAAAUCACUUGCAAGUAGUUAAAAAUCACCUUAUUUUGAGAGUUAGCUCCCCUCACUUGAUCAUCGAGACCCCCAUUUCACCUUCGUGCCCUCCCCCAUCAGCACCCCCAAUUCAAGACUUCUAGAUAUACCACUGUCAGGCAGGACCAUGUUGCAUGACUACAUUCAUUCACUGCCACUGAUCAUAUUUUUAUUUGCUUAGAUAUAUUAUACUGCACUCUGUAGUUGGGUUAAUAACUUUUUUUUUCAAUUUUGUUAAUGUUUUAUAUUUUCUUAUGCUGAUGAAUAAUCACUGUAUAAUUUGUUGUUUGUUUUUGUUUUCUAAAUUCUAAUUACUUUUUC